AUGUUCUACGAUCUCAACGUUCCAUACAACUCGGAUGAUCCUGAGAUCUCGCACACCUUGAAUUUCCUGGCGGAGAUCGGUUACACAACCGUCGCGCUCUCUCAGACGAUCAGUGGAAAACUCCCUCCGAACUUAGCACCCCCAACCGUGCCCGUAAAUGCUCCGAAAUCACUAAAGCUACUCACUCGUCUCAACCUCAUCCUCGCCGAUCCCUCCCAGAACCAGCGUCUUACCAGCCUGACACAAGCAUAUGACCUAGUCGCGCUACGUCCCACGAACGAGAAGUCACUACUGAACGCCUGUACCAACCUGGAAUGCGAUCUGAUCUCCCUGGACUUUUCCGAGCGAAUCCCAUUCCAUUUCAAAUUCAAGAUGUUGUCUGCUGCCAUUGAGCGCGGUAUUCGAUUCGAGAUUUGCUACGGAUCUGGAAUCACGGGCAGUGGAAUUGACGCACGACGGAAUCUCAUCGGGAAUGCUAUGUCGCUUAUCCGGGCCACGCGCGGAAGGGGGAUCAUUAUAUCAAGUGAGGCUAAGAGGGCACUGGGUGUGCGCGCGCCUUGGGAUGUUAUUAACCUGGCAUGCGUCUGGGGUCUGUCACAGGAGCGUGGCAAGGAGGCAAUCUGCGAAGAGACAAGGAAGGUGACCGCUCUGGCGAAGCUCAAGCGAACCAGCUGGCGUGGGGCCAUUGAUGUCGUCUACGGCGGGGAGAAGCCUAAGGUCGAAGAAGGCCAGUCGAAGAAGAAGGGAGCGGCUAAAAAAGGCGCACCUCAAACAGAGACAAAUGCAGACAGUCUGAAGAGGAAGGCGGAGCCAGCAGCUGAAGAGGCUGAGAAGUCGUUGUCGAAACGGGAGCAAAAGCGCAGGGCAAAGAAAGUGCGAUUAGGUGGCUCAGGAGAUGGUGCUGCGGACGACAAAACUGCCAGCUAG